UGGUGGUCAUCAUCAUCUUCCUCCCAAGAUGGAGUUCUUGCUGGGGAACCCCUUCAGCACCCCGGUGGGGCAGAGCCUCGAAAAGGCCACAGAUGGCUCCCUACAGAGUGAAGACUGGACGUUGAACAUGGAAAUAUGCGACAUCAUCAACGAGACAGAAGAAGGCCCAAAGGAUGCCAUCCGAGCGCUCAAGAAGAGGUUGAGUGGAAACAAAAACUACAGGGAAGUGAUGCUGGCUCUAACGGUGCUGGAAACUUGUGUGAAGAACUGUGGUCAUCGCUUUCACAUCCUCGUAGCAAACCGUGACUUCAUAGAUGGUGUCCUCGUAAAAAUCAUCGCUCCCAAGAACAACCCUCCCACUAUUGUCCAGGAUAAAGUUCUUGCUCUGAUUCAGGCCUGGGCUGACGCAUUCCGAAGCAGCCCCGACCUAACCGGGGUGGUGCACAUUUAUGAAGAACUCAAAAGGAAAGGGAUCGAAUUCCCGAUGGCGGAUCUUGACGCUCUGUCUCCGAUCCACACACCGCAGAGGAGCGUUCCUGAAGUCGACCCGGCUGCCAACAUGCACAGGUCCCAGUCACAACAAAGAAUGAGCUCCAGUUCCUAUUCCGCUCCCUCUCCGACGGCAUUUGUGGCUCCUCAGGCGCCGGCUCUCAACGUGACCGGCCCUAUCACGGCAAAUACGGAACAGAUCGCACGACUGCACAGCGAGCUUGAUGUUGUUCGUGGGAACACAAAAGUGAUGUCCGAGAUGCUCACAGAAAUGGUCCCUGGGCAGGAGGAUUCAUCGGAUCUUGAGUUGUUGCAAGAACUGAACCGGACUUGUCGAUCCAUGCAGCAACGGAUUGUGGAACUCAUCUCCCGCGUGUCCAAUGAAGAAGUCACAGAGGAGCUGCUCCACGUCAAUGAUGACUUGAACAACGUCUUCCUCAGAUACGAGAGGUUUGAGCGAUAUCGGGUGGGUCGCUCUGCGCAGAACGCAAGCAAUGGGGUUCUCAGCGAAGUGACCGAAGACAACUUGAUAGACCUGGGCCCCGGCUCCCCAGCGGUGGUCAGCCCCAUGGUUGGGAACUCCGUUCCGGCCUCUACACUCUCUUCGCAGCUCGCUGGGCUCGAUUUGGGCACGAACAACGUGAGUGGAACACUCAGCUCCCUCCAGCCUGCCGGUGCCCGCGACGACUUCGACAUGUUUGCGCAGACGAGAGGCAGUUCACUGGCAGAGCAACGCAAGACCGUGAUGUACGAGGACCCCCAGGCAGCCCGGGGGCUGGCGUCUACGUUGGAUGUUCGGAAACCGACCCCAGGAGGGAGGAGAGGUAAAGGUGGGAGCUCAGACAUGGAGCCCAUAGACCAGUGGCUAAUGACCCAAGGAAUGAUUCCUGUCCCACAGUCCUCUGUCAUGGAUGACAUUGAGGAAUGGCUCAGUACCGAUGUGAAAGGAGAUGAGCUGGAAGAAGGCGUGACGAGCGAAGAGUUCGACAAGUUCCUAGAGGAGCGCGCCAAAGCUGCCGAGCGGAUCCCCAGCCUGCCCUCGCCGCCUCAGGAGGAGCCCACGCCACCGACGACGACGACGACGGCGACCACGACAAACCCGCCCAGCAAAAAGAAGCCUGAGCGCUCGGAAGAUGCCCUCUUUGCACUGUAACGCUCCUUCCCCCGCUCUCUCUCGCUCCCUCUCUGUGCGUGGAAGGACACAGCCGUACGGUCAAGCUGUCCUUGGGCGCUCCAGCUAGUGACGAUCCCCCGUCCCCCGUCCCUUCCCAGGUAUCAUAGAUGGCCUCUCUUAUCUCUCGGAAACGAUCCAGCCCAAAUAAGCUAACUUCUUCAAAGAGUACUUACGUCUGGCCUUGUUGACACUCCUGUGGCUGUUCUUUCACCGGUUGCUUAAACCCCUCUCUCAUAUCCCAGGCCAACGAUGCUCCUUUUAUUACUAGUAUUAUUAUUAUUAUUAUUAUUAUUUUAAAUGCAUGAUUGUUCUCUCGCCCCCUACACGGAAUAGUCGUGCAGAAAACAGUUGGUUGAGGCCGACGCUGGCUUCUCCUGCAAGCCCGCCUGAA